UACGUACUCUGACGUCGGCGAUCAUGUGGCUUUUGGCGUAGAUCCUCCUUGUGAUCGCCAAUUUUUUCUUUCCUGUCGCCUGUUGUCUGUUCGGCUAUUGGACCGCCGUGAGAGUGCUUAAAACAGAUUGGGUUUAUUCCUUCGUUCAGCAGUGGCUUUCGGGGUGUACCGCACUACCUGAGCAUCGCGCUAAAACGGUGGGCAGAUUUCAAGUCUGCAAUAAGAAAAGAAAAUGGAGUGAAAGGAAAGCGAGAGCAAGCUUGCUAAAAGGCCUUCUGCAGUGCACCACGUCAGCUGCUGGCAGAACACAGACACACCCCUUGUGCCAGCGUUAGACCAAUGAGGAGAGGCUGGAGACAGGCCACACCCACUGCAGGGAAGGCAGAGAUUGACAGGUAGCAUCCUGUCAUGCAGUUCCAGGAGGUCGGCCAGCACUGGAGCUGACACUGUCAGCGAGCCCAGACUCCACUACAAUACAGCAGUCCUAUCCCUACCAGACCCUCACCUUCCACUACCCUCCUCUCGCUCCAGCCACUAAUCUUACCCCAGGGGAAGAUUUGUUCUCUACGCUCAGUGGCUGUUCACUCCCAUCUCAGAGACGGUCCUGUUGUCACUACCUCUCCAAAUAUAAGAGAGAGCCCAUGCCUGUAUCCUAGUACAGUCCAGUCCACCUGGCUAUUCUUCAGUACCUUAGACUCUCUAUACACAACACUCUGUGACAAUAGUCGUGCAUCCUGGGCGUCUCAGCCUUCUUUGUAUCACCACUGGCCAAGUACAGGCACCAAGUGAGGGCAACUGUCCACCCAGACAAACUCAGGAUCUACCAUCAUCAUGUCCAGUCGGCGAAAGGCCUCCACUCCCUGCAUGAUCCGACAAGACCAGACCAUGGUGGAGCUGGAUGAUGAGACAGAGGAGUCACAUGGCAUGGAGACAACAAUGGAGAACCAUACUGAGGAGGGACCUACAGAAGCUGAUAUCUCUGCAGAGAUGGAACCCUCUGUAGAAUUAGACCCUCCCACAGCUCCAGACAAACCAACUACUGAGCCCCCAGACCUAUCCAAGCCUCCUCGUAGGCAACAGGGGGGCUACGAGUGUAAAUACUGCCCCUUCUCCACACAGAACCUCAACACUUUCAAAGAGCAUGUCGACGCCAACCACCCUAACGUCAUCCUCAACCCACUGUACCUGUGUGCCGUCUGUAACUUCAACACAAAGAAGUUUGACACCCUGACUGAACACAAUGAGAGGUGUCACCCAGGGGAGAGCAACUUCAAAUUCAAACGCAUCAAAAUGAACAAUCAGACAAUCUUAGAACAGACAAUAGAGGGGUGCAGUAACAAUGCAGUCAUUUACAACACUUCCAGUACCAUUUCUGGCAAAGGGGAUGAACUAGGAACUCUGCCACUUAGCAAACACUCCACAGUGAAGAUUGGUAAACCAAAAAUAAUGCCGUCGGAUAAUAAACGGACUGAAUUGGGUAAACUGACCCCAGAUCUGGCCAAGAAGUCAAUCACAGCACUCAAUGUGAAUGGGACAGUUAUCAUUCCUGAGUCAACUCUGCUCAAAGCAGAUGGCCUUUCUCACAUCAUGCCUUCCCUACAGCGGCCUCUAAACUAUACCCAGGUGCCGAAGAUCGCAGUGCCCCUCAACACAACCAAAUACAACCCUUCGCUGGACGACAACCUGACCCUCAUCUCUUCCUUCAACAAGUUCCCCUAUCCGACACAGGCUGAGCUUUCCUGGCUCACAGCAGCCUCAAAACAUCCAGAGGAGCAAAUCAAAGUCUGGUUCACCACACAGAGACUCAAACAGGGCAUUAGCUGGUCUCCCGAGGAGGUGGAAGAAGCCAGGAAGAAGAUGUUCAAUGGUACGAUCUCCUCUGUGCCUCAGACCUUCACCGUUGUGGCUCCUCAGCUCAACUCCCAAUCAUCCACCAACCUGUCUGCAGCCACUGUGGCCUCCAAAUCCAUGCAGCCUGGAGCCUCUGUCCUGCAGCCCCUCCCCUGUCAGCUCCUGGGACAGACCAGCCUGGUGCUGACUCCUGUGGCUAACGGCUCCACUGUCACUUGUGCACCUCUGGCACUCACUGUUGCUAACCAGGUGGCGCAGUCACUCAAACGACCCCUGGCCUCCCCUGUGAUCGCCACAGAGAGUAAGCGACCCUCCAUCAUUCAGACCAUUUCAGCGCCCAUGGCCACAUCCAAGCUGGUAUCACCCAAAGUGCUGAGUUUCACAGUUGACCCUAGUAAAACAGCUGAACAGCUAUCAGUGCUGAGGUCCAGCUACACGCAGUGUCCUUUCCCUGAGGAAGAUGAGAUCUACCGGCUGAUAGAGACCACUGGGCUGUCCAGAGGAGAGAUAAAGAAGUGGUUCAGUGAACAGAGGCUGCUUAAUCUCAAAGGCGGUCCUGCACCUCCAGUGCUGGUGAAAGCAGAGGUGCAACAAGCACCAAAAGAUGGUCCCGUAAAGAAAGUGGUGCCCAGCCAGUUCCCCCUGCUGGAGAGGGUAAAGGGGAAAUCAUCAGAGCAGCUGCAGGCACUAGAGGAGAGUUUCCAAAGGAGCAGCUCUCCAACAGAGGCAGAUUUAGACCAUCUGGCCCAGGAGACCAGGCUGUCCAAGACGGAGGUGGACUGCUGGUUUUCAGAGCGCAGGGGGCUGAGGGACAACAUGGAAAAGGCUUUACUCACUAUGGCUUCAAAGAGCACAGAAGACAGAGUAGACCGACCGGGAACGCUGCUGAAUGGGGCUUCGCAUCGGGAGCAGGAUGGAAAAUCUCUACGCUCCCCCCCUCACCCACCUGUCCUCUCUUCUUCCUCCUCCUCAUCCUCCCCUCCUGUGCUAGCAGCCUCCUCUCCUCAUCCACCAACCCUCUCCUCCUCUGUGUCACCUCCCAUCCUCACUUCAUCCUCUUCUUCUUCUCCUCAUCCUCCCAUCCUGUCAGCCUCCACGAGCCCAGCCCCCAUCAACAGCCGCUCCCUCACCCUGCUCAGAGAGAUGUUCUGUCGGACUCAGUGGCCAUCUCCUGAAGAGUACAGCCAGCUAGAGGUCCAAACAAGCCUGGGACGCACCGACAUUGUCCGCUGGUUCAAGGAUCACCGCUCGGCACUGAAGAACGGUGAAACUCUGGACUGGAUGGAAGGAUUCCAAAACCAAAACCCUGUAGAGCAGCAAAAAACAGGCCAAGAACAGAACGGCCAGAGUAGUGAGAAAAACCAGAGUCUUUCCUUAGAAGUCAAGGCGGUGACAGUUGAGGAGGCUCGUGAGAACACAGCAGCUGUAACAGAGCACUCCAAGCAGUCCAACCAAGACAAAGUCCAGUGGUUGACUGACAAAUUAACCCACAGUGUGACAGACCUGAACCGGACCAGACCAGAGCAGACCACCUCUAGCACUACUGACAAAGGGAGGUGGGUUAAGGUGACCGUGGAAGUGGGGGAGGAGAGUGAAGAAGCAGUGGAAAGACAGAGGCUGGCAACAGACGCUGAUGUUCUGACCUUGGAGCAACAUGGGAGGGUCACUGGUUGAUGGUUGACUAAAUCAUUGACUGCUGAGUCACCGAUCAUCAAGUGACGACUUGAGAUGAUCAAACGCGGAGCCAGUGGUGUAACUGUCUGCAUGUGAUGUCAUCACAAAGAGCCGUGGACUUUGGAGUCCCACAGUUAAAGCACUGAUGUGUGGUUCCAAUGCUGACAUUAAGAGGAGUGCCAAAGCUGGACUUGAUGCAUUAUUCUUACUAUUACUACACUUUUUUUUUUUUUAAGAUGCACCCUUGUAAAUAUUUUUCUGUAUGACAAAAAAAGUUUGUACAGUUUUACUGGGAGGGUAAGUUUUGUUACAUUUCUAAAAAAAAAGUCUGACUGAUGCCCCAAAACCUGGAAUGUUUUUGUUUUUGUUGUUUUAAGAUCCAAGUGUAUAAUAGUCUGUUAUUUCCUGAAAAUCAGUCCUAUUUUUUUCAUACCUGGAAAAAUCAUACCUGUUCACUACUCAUUAUGAGUAGUCUUUGAUGGCACUUGCAUAUAUCCCAGUGGUAGUGAUAAAUGUCUACAGGCUAGGCCACUUUAUUUCAAACUAUUAGGAAAUGGUAACUUUCCCUUUUUCUCCUGCAGCAUCACCUUGACUCACCAUCAUAGAAUUACGCUGGUGAAGGUGGAAAUCACUCAAAGCUGCUACAGGGGCACUCAGAAGGAGUGACGGUGUUCUGAACACAGUAUAGCCUCACUGCUGAGAGGCUGGAGAAUGAACGCAAACAGACCAAGAAAGACUGCAUUUGGGCAAAUGAAUGAAUGCACUGUACGACCCAACUCCCAGCAUCUUUUCUAAUCAGCUGGUUCUCGCAUCAGUACCCGAGGCAUGUUUAAGAGGCUUCAACAGCACAGAAUGUUCCUUUCUCGAUAUAGAAACGAUUAAUCACAUAGAGAAGAGGGUGGAGUGUCUGUGUGAUCGCACCAUGCUGCCUUUUCAGCUCUCUUAUCUGACAUUUGCUGUGUGCUGCAGAACUGGGUACAGCGCAGACCGGUGAUGAUGAUGACUUAAGUAUUUCAUUUGUUUGUUUGAAAAACUUGAAAUAUUUUUGACUGAACUUGCCAAGAACUUUUUGAUGAAAGUGUUUUGCGCAUGACAAAAUAAGUGAAGCUCCUUUAUUUGAGCCAUGCCAGAUAUCCAUUUUGCUGAGCUGUGAUCGGUGAGCACAUCUCUCUGUCUUCUCUUUAGGCUUUGUGUCCUUAGAAAAGUCCUUCUGUUCAGAGCUGGGUUGGGUUUGGUUGAUUUUUGUAUAGUGAGUUCAGAACACCUGAAUUAUAUCCGAGACUUAACGAGACAAAUGAUCAAACUUGUGCUGAUUUUAUGAAAACUGGCAAAAAAAAAAAAAGCAUUUGGAAUUUCACAACAGCCAAAACUGUCAUGGACUGCUUGCAUGUGCUUCAACAACUCAUUUUCAAAAAUAUUUUCAAGGGAUAUCUAUGAUUUAUGGGUCAGAUUGCAAGCGCUUGCAGCAUUUGUGCAAGCUUAAACAGUUAAGUUGAACCAUCAUUUUAAGCUGGUUUGAACAGCAGGUGUGUGGCUGAAUGUCUGUUGCUGCUGCUGAUGUUUUAGUUUCACGUUCAGACAAGUAUCUGGGAUACUAUAUAUUCGGUUGGCUAGAAUGGAAAACCGCUUGCAUUUUCAUUUUCUACUUUUAAGUCUGCUGUAACUCAAUAAAUACACAACCAACUGUAA